AAAAAGGCCAAAUUGAUAUUUUAGGUAAUAAAAUAGUCUUUUAUUAUUAUUAUUUGGUUACCAUUGCCAAAGGUUAUGCUUACUUGGUUGGGUCAUGUAGCUUUGUCCCUUGCUCACCAUUUUUGCCUCUCUCUUUUCCUCUGAAGCCAUGAACAACAACCCAUCACAGGAAAAUGUUGAAACUGAAGGCAUUUCUUCAAAGAAUGUGAAGAAUGAGUCCUACAGAAGUGUGCUUAUGCUGGCUUACCAAAGUUUAGGAGUUGUUUACGGCGACCUCAGCACGUCGCCUCUGUAUGUUUAUAAAACCACAUUCUCUGGGAAAUUGAGUUUACAUGAGAAUGAUGAAGAGAUUUAUGGGGUUUUAUCCUUCAUCUUCUGGACGUUUACACUCAUUGCUCUCUUCAAAUAUGUUUUCAUUGUCAUGUCAGCCGACGAUAACGGUGAAGGGGGUACCUUUGCUCUGUACUCUCUUCUCUGCAGGCAUGCUAGAUUAUGCAUUCUACCAAAUCAAGAGCCUGCUGAUGAGAAGUUAUCUGCAUAUGAAAUGAAGGAAAGCUUGGAGACAAGACCAAGUGCUGCUCUAAAAUCUUUUUUUCAGCUGCACCCGUCUUUUCGAAAAGGUUUUUUGGUGUUCGUGCUCUUCGGAACCUCCAUGGCUAUUGGUGAUGGAGUGCUCACUCCUGCAAUAUCAGUUCUUUCAGCAGUCUCGGGAGUCAAACAUAAGAUCACUGGACUCCAUGAGAAUUAUGUUGUUUUAAUCUCGUGCGUCGUCUUAGUUGGAUUGUUCUCCCUUCAGCAUUGUGGAACACACAAAGUUGCUUUCAUGUUUGCUCCAAUCAUCACGACAUGGCUCGUUUCUAUUAGUGUUAUCGGAAUGUAUAAUAUUAUCAAGUGGAAUCCGCGUAUAUACCAUGCACUCUCACCAGUUUAUAUGCUGAAGUUCCUUCAUAGCACGGGUGUUGAAGGUUGGAUUUCAUUAGGCGGAGUCGUUCUCUCGAUAACAGGUGUGGAGGCAAUGUUUGCUGAUUUAGGCCACUUCUCGACGCUUUCGAUCAAGAUUGCCUUCACAUUUCUUGUAUAUCCCUCAUUGAUUCUUGCUUAUCUGGGUGAGGCUGCAUUCCUUUCUAAGCAUCAUGAAGAUAUUCAGAGAAGCUUCUACAAAGCGAUACCCGAAGCGGUGUUUUGGCCGGUGUUCGUCGUGGCCACUUUUGCUUCUGUUGUAGGAAGUCAGGCCGUGAUUUCGGCUACGUUUUCGCUCGUAAACCAGUGCUGUGCUCUGAAUUGCUUCCCCCAUGUGAAAACUAUGCACACUUCAAACCAGAUAUGUGGGCAAAUUUAUAUUCCAGAAGUUAAUUGGAUGCUAAUGUGCCUUUGUUUAGCUGUGACAAUUGGCUUGAGAGACACGAACAUGUUAGGCCAUGCAUAUGGGCUGGCAGUCACCAUUGUUAUGUUCGUCUCGACUUGCUUGAUGGCACUCGUGAUACUAAUCGUUUGGAAGCAGAGGUUGAUUGGCGCCAUAGCGUUUUUCAUGUUUUUCGGGUCCAUUGAACUACUUUACAUCUCGGCAUCAAUCAGCAAAGUUCACAAAGGUGGGUGGAUACCCGUCGUGCUGUCUAUACUCUUUAUGUGUUCGAUGUAUACAUGGUACUACGGGACAAUGAAGAAACACGAAUACGACGAUGAGAACAAAGUGUCGAUGAAUCGGAUACUUUCUUCCGGGCCUAGCCUUGGCAUAGUGCGUGUGCCCGGAAUAGGCCUUAUAUACACUAGUCUGGUCUCGGGUGUUCCUGCUGUUUUUGGUCACUUUGUAACCACGUUGCCUGCAUUUCAUCAAGUGCUCGUGUUUGUUUGUAUAAAGUACGUUCAAGUUCCCCAUAUCGACGAAGAACAUCGACUGCUCAUCACAAGGGUGGGAUCGAAAGAAUGCAACAUGUUUCGGUGCGUCGUGAGGUAUGGCUAUAGGGAUUUGUUACAAGAAAACUACGAUUUCGAGAACAGGUUGGUGUUUUCUCUAAUGCAAUAUGUAGAAACAGAAGAUCAGUUUUGGAAACCAAUGACACCUUGUGAAUAUGAACCAUUGGAGCAGUCUUCCUACGAAUAUAAAGCGAUGAAUACUGCGGUCGACGAUCGGGAGAAGUCGACACAUAGCGAGGAAGCGAUGCUGAUAAUGAGAGCGAAAGAGUCGGGAGUCACGUACAUUUUCGGGCAUUGCUCGGUCAAGGCCAAGAAAUCGUCCUCCAUUCUUAAGAAGUUGGGUAUUGAUAUUGUGUAUGCUUUUUUGAACCAGAAUUGUAGAGAGCCUGAGGCUUUACUGAAUGUGCCUCACACUUCUCUGUUGGAGGUUGGUAUGGUUUAUUAUGUAUAGUUUCAACCAAUAAACAUAAGCUUAGAAGCUCAUCUCAAGGCAUUGUUCUUCAUGUUUUGAUAUGAACAUGUAGCUUUCUUUUCUA